AUGGAGGCUGCUGGGGCGCUUACCGAGUUCCCUUGCCUGGUGAUUCGUGGCAUUUCUGACUACUGCGACUCUCACAAGAAUGAUGACUGGCAAGGAUUCGCGGCAGCCGCAGCGUCUGUACUCCAACAACAACUUCAUGUUGGCCAGCCACAAGGGCUUGUUAAGCCGCAUUCAAGAGUCGCACUCUAUGGUCUUGGUGGGAUCGGAAAAACGCAGAUUGCACUGGCAUAUGUGUACUGGCUCCGUGAGACCUAUCCAGAUGUCGCAAUUUUCUGGGUACAUGGCGGUAAAGCAGAACAAUUUCACGAGGUUUAUGCUUCCAUUGCGAGAGAAUGCAACAUUCCGGGACACGACGAUCCAAAGGCCGACAAAUUACGGCUCGUCAAGCAAUGGCUCGAGCAAUAUUUCAAGACUCGUGGCUAA